CAUUCUACAUUCUACAUCUGUGUACCUUUGUAGCAACCUCAAUGGUUUAUAAUCAACGUAUCUACAAAUCAAUCUACAAAGCCUUCCUAAGCAGUUUGGUGUCUUUGGCUCAAUCAUCUUAUGAUACAAGCACUUUACAACUAGCGCACGUGCUGUUCAGGCAUGGAAAUAGAAAUCCAACUGAUGGGAUCUACGAGAGCAACCCCUACUACAAUGAAAGUUACUAUUCUGAAGGAUACGGACAACUUACAAACACCGGUAAGUUAACAGAAUACAAUCUAGGCAGCGAAUUACGAACAAGAUUCAGUGAUUUCCUGACAACUUCCUGGCAUAUCGACUACCUGGAUGUAAGAAGUACCAACGUCAACAGAACAAAAAUGUCCGCUCAAGCCAUGUUGGCAGGCCUGUAUCCUGCAAGAGGUAGUCAGAUUUGGUCAUCACUGUAUUGGUUACCCAUUCCAUACAAUUACUAUCCAUCCGCAGAAGAUAAAGAAUUGCUUGGCCAAUAUGCCUGUUCCAACUACGAUACUCUAUACGAAAGUGUUGUGAGCAGUACUGAGAUAACUGACUAUUUGACGAGAUACAAAAAACUGUUCGCAUUUAUUACGGCUUACACGGAACUAACGGGAAGCUUAAAAUCAGCAUUUAGUUUGUACUUUGGAUUUGCUGCUCAAGAGGAUGUCGGUUAUGAUUUGGAAGACUGGACUUCAAAUAUUUAUCCUGAACCUUUACUAGCAGCCACCGUGGAUCUUUAUUAUGUAUAUACCAAUACAACAGCCCUCCGAAAAAUUGUAGCAGGGUUUCUACUAAAAAAAAUCCUGUCAGACACCGAAGCCAAAAUCAACGGAACUAUAGAUCCUACAAAUAGAAAAAUGUUUAUAUAUUCCGCACACGAAAUGAACGUAGCACAUAUGUUAUUGACACUGGGUGUUGAAAUCCAUAUGGCACCUCCAUAUGGGUCGUACGUGCUAUUCGAACUUCAUUUAAUCGAUGGUGUUUAUGGAAUAAAGUUAUUCUACCAAUUCUACGAAGAUGACGAUCCAGUAGCUUUCUCUCUAUCUGGCUGUGACGAAUUUUGUCCCUAUGACGACUUUUACAGUUUAGUGGAAGACUAUAUACCAACAGACGACGAUUGUAUCUGCGGAGAUGUUGCCACCAAUCGUCAUGCGUGCCUCACAUCUUUCCUGUUCCCAUCUUGGAGAAGCAAACAUUGUGUGUUCUGGAGUAUCAUUGGGUUCAGCACAGUAUCGGCAUUCCGCGACUUCCCUCUUUCCAAUUUUACUCAGUCCUUCCGGAAUGCAGAGAUAGAUCAACAUUCCAUAAACCUUUUAUGUAUGCCGUUUAUUAUUGAUAGCAAUCCAAAUAAUGAAAAGUAUGGUAUAAAAGACGUCCAGAUUUCAGAGAAAUUAACAUUCGCCAAGAUGUUCAGUUCCAGGGUUGUUUUCGUAGCUUUCCUCAUUUCCGUAGUCUCGUUAGCAGAGUCGUCUUAUGACACAAGCACUUUACAACUGGCUCACGUGCUUUUCAGACAUGGAAAUAGAAAUCCAACUGAUGGAAUCUACGCUGACAACCCCUACUACAAUGAAAGUUACUAUCCUGAAGGAUAUGGACAACUAACAAAUACUGGGAAACUGACAGAAUACAACAUGGGGGCCGAACUACGUACAAGAUUCGACGAUUUCCUCACAUCAAGCUGGAACAUCAAUUAUUUGGACAUCAGAAGUACCAACGUAAAUAGAACGAAGAUGUCCGCUCAAGCCAUGUUGGCAGCCUUGUAUCCCGCAAGAGGAAGCCAAAUUUGGUCCUCCUUGUAUUGGUUACCAAUUCCCUACAAUUACUACAGUUCAGAUAAGGAACUGCAAGGCACAAGUGCGUGUUCAAACUUCAGAACUCUCUACCAGGAAGUACUCAACAGUACAGAGAUAUCAGAAUAUAUAUCAACGAGAUACAAAAAAUUGUUUGCCAUCAUGGAAGCUUAUACGGAUGAAAGUGGAAGUUUAUCAGCAGCUUUUGGAAUGUAUUUUGGAUUCUAUGCUCAAGAAGACGUUGGUUAUGACUUAGAAGACUGGACGUCUCUCAUAUAUCCUGAUCCUCUACUGUCGGCUACGAUAGACCUGUAUUACGUCUACACCAACACAACAGCAUUAAGGAAAAUUGCAGCAGGUUUCCUAUUGAAGAAAAUUCUCUCCGACACUGAAGACAAAAUUAACGGCACCAUCGAUCCUUCAACCAGAAAAAUGUUUAUAUACUCCGCUCACGAACUGAACGUAGCCAAUAUGUUAUUGACACUUGGAGUUGAAAUCCACAUGGCUCCUCCAUACGGAUCGUACGUGCUCUUCGAACUCCACCUAAUCGAUGGUGUCUAUGGAAUAAAGUUAUUCUACCAAUUCUACGAAGAAGAUGAUCCAGUGGCUUUCUCCCUAUCUGGUUGCGACGAAUUCUGUCCCUACGACGAUUUUUACAGCCUGGUAGAAGAUUAUAUACCAACAGACGACGAUUGCACAUAAAUAGAAUUAUAAUAGCAUAUACCAUAAACCACAACAUAUACCAUAUGAUUGAAAAAGAACGACGUCAAGUUUCCUUAAAAAUUAUGAUUUAUUACAUGUCGAAGGUUACUUGCCGUCGGUUUUUUUGAUCAGAUGGUACUUAACCUAUUUAAAGCAUAUAUCACAG